AGCGAUCACAACAAAUUUAAAAUAACAUAUUUCGGAUUAUUUUCAAAACAAAUUUCUUCAUUUCUUCCACAAUUUCUUUGAAAUAUUCAGCUUUGGCCAAUCGAAUGCGCGGAAAUCCACAAAUUAGUGAAGAGUAGUGAGUAGAGAGAGAUAGAGAGAGAGCGGCGUAUAGUGCUGAAAAUUUAGACAAUUCCAUGGCAUGUACGAACGAGGAUAAAGUCUUUGCUGUGGCCUACGCUAGUGCGGCUUUUUGGUGUUUUUGCGUGCUGUGGCAUUCAUUUGUCCUGAUUUUGCUUGCGAAAAUGGACACCACACAACCGGUGCGCUGCGAUACGGCUUUGAUAAGAUUUUUAAAAGGAACAUCAAUUUCCUUCCACUACAAUUCGCUCGUUGGCGAUUUUUUGCGCGCUGGAGCCACGCUUAUCCUACUCAAAGCGCUUUGGGAAAAUAACAUCAAUUUGCUUGAGAAUUUCAUGCGCUACAAAUUCUUAGAAGUAUUUCUCCUCCUAAUUCUAUUUGCGAGCAGAUGCUUCAGGGAUGAGUCGGGUGUAAUUGUAAAGACCUAUUAUGUGAUGUCGCUUGGUAUGUCAAGAUUAAAUUAAGAAAUAUAUGAAUAGUUAGAUAUACAGUUCUGGAUAUCGCGGUCUUAUAUGUCACACACGACUACUAUUGCGAACAUUUGACCAGUAAGUGAG